CUCGCGCCAAUCCCUACGACGCACCUAACAUUACCUAUUGCCACCCUAUUUUGUGCCCUAAACACGACCUAGUACCUUGUGUGACCCGUUCCUUAUUUUAUUAUAUAUUUUGCGUUAGGAUAGUUAGGACUGAUUCAUCUGUUCUCAAAAGUCCGCAUCUUUUCAAUUCUAAUUUCCCGUCAAACAGUAAAACCGAUUUUUUGUCCUUAUUUUUAAAGAUAUCUUUGCCUAUCUCCAAGAGAAAAUAAAUUCAAGAACAACACGUCGGCAGACUGUGUCCUCUCUCGGAACCAUAUCCUAACACGAAACAUUAGUUAAAAAAAUGCAAAUAGUAGCAUUAUUCUAUUAGGCAUAAUAAUUAAACAAAUAAUAAUAAUAAUGUCAUUAUUAGCUGCCUCCAACAUCAUUGAUCAAGCCUUGUCUUAUUAAACGAAAAUCUCCAAUAAGGUGGCACCACAAAUCCCUCCACGUUAUCACCAAUCCCACCCUCCGAUCCUCUUCACCCUCCCUCCCUCCCUCGAUCUUCGUGUCAACACUUCAAAAAGUCUUCCCUUAUAGAAGAAAGUGUUUUUCCAAAUCCCUUCCCUUCUUCCAAAUCCCUUUACUGUCACGUGAAAUCUAACACCGAGCGUGUAGAUAGUCUAUGAAAUCCAAUUAAAUGUUCUUCUGAGAACAAAGAACAUAAGAUAACAAACAGAAAGCGCUUAUAAAUGGCUUUCCACGACCAUCUACCGCACGAAAUCACGUUCCAGCCGUUUACCGAGGAGCAGCAGUUAGGUCAGAGCAGGGACAUGCAGCGGCUGCUCCCGCUCUCCGGCGGGGCGCCGACGUGGCUGAACAACAGCACCGCGGCGACGCUCCGCCAGCAGAAUUUCCUCCACCUGCAGCCGGAAUCCGCCGCAACGACGCAGCAAAACGACGACGUUCGCGGCGGCGGCGGCAGCGGCAUGGAUCGGAACCGGACCGAGAGCAACUCUGAACCGGAUGAUUUGGCAGAAUACAAAGCGGACAUUUUAGGUCACCCUCUCUACGACCAGCUCCUAUCGGCGCAUGUCUCAUGCCUGAGAAUCGCCACCCCCGUUGACCAGCUUCCAAGGAUCGACGCGCAGCUUCAGCAGUCGCAGCGCGUCGUCGACAAGUACUCCGGCAUCGGAAACGGAAACGGCGUCGUCGACGACAAAGAGCUUGAUCAAUUCAUGACGCAUUAUGUUAUACUGCUCUGUGCUUUCAAAGAACAAUUGCAACAACAUGUACGUGUUCAUGCUAUGGAAGCUGUUAUGGCUUGUUGGGAGCUGGAACAAUCUCUACAAAGCUUGACUGGUGUAUCUCCCGGUGAAGGAACGGGUGCAACAAUGUCCGACGAUGAAGAAGAUCAGGCAGAGAGUAAUGCCAACUUGUUCGAAGGAAGCAUGGAUGGAGCUGAUAGUCUCAGCUUUGGUCCUCUUGUUCCCACAGAAACUGAAAGAUCUUUGAUGGAGCGUGUGAGGCAGGAGCUGAAGCAUGAGUUAAAACAGGGUUACAAGGACAAGAUUGUGGACAUAAGAGAAGAAAUUUUACGAAAGAGAAGAGCGGGAAAGCUACCAGGCGACACCACUUCCCUUUUAAAAGCUUGGUGGCAGUCACAUUCUAAAUGGCCAUAUCCAACAGAAGAGGACAAGGCAAGGUUGGUGCAGGAAACAGGGCUGCAAUUAAAGCAGAUAAAUAACUGGUUCAUAAAUCAAAGAAAAAGGAAUUGGCAUACUAAUCCGUCGUCUUCUAGUGGCUCCAAAAGCAAACGCAAGAGUAGUGGUGCAGGUGAAACAAGUAACCAGAGCUUCAUGUGAAUGAACACCUGAUUUGAACUGAAAAAAAAAUAGAUAUAUCUCUAUUCUUCAUUUUAUGCAACAAUGGUGAGAUUCAUAUAUGACCGGAGCUUAGAGGGAAAAACAUGAACGGAAAUGGUGGAAUAUGGAUGAUGAAGGAGUAAUUUGUGAUACCAACAUUUACUUGGGGGGAUUAAUUAAUUACUUGGUUCAAUUACAGAAAAACCUAGUAUUGUUGUAUAUGAGGCUGCUGAGUUGAUACCUGAUACUGUUGCAGGCACUAUCUAUUUGGUUCAAUGGGUAUCUAUGUAUUACUAUUACAGUUCAAAGGUUUUUGAUAAAAAAAAAAACAACAUAGAAUCCUUGAAUGCGGUGCAAAUUAACGAUCAGUUUUAUUUGUUACACACAUAAGUGUCCUACAUCUGAUAUGUGUGGCGAUACAGCUCUUGUACUUAUAAUCCAGUAUAUCGUUUUUACA